CUUUACCCCUCUCCCCUCCCCUGUUUUUAAACCCUCUGUUUCUCCCACCAAAACCGCAUACCCUCCGACCAAACAUGAACAAGAGCUCAAAGAAUCAAGUGAUGGUAGAAAUUGAGGAUCUAAAACCACUAAGAAACAGGAUUGUGGACGGAGCAAUGAGUCCGAUGAGCGAAACGCUAUGGAAAGCGAACACAGAGAUUGAAGUCGUCGAGGAUGUUUACGCAAAGCUAACGUGGGAGGAUCUGACUGUCACUGUUUCCGGAGGCAAAGGAGGAACGGUGAAGGUGCUGCAGGGGUUGACAGGGUACGCUGAGCCUGGAACGCUAACGGCGCUGAUGGGGCCCUCCGGGUCUGGGAAGUCGACAAUGCUUGAUGCGCUGGCGAGUAGAACCGCGACGAACGCUUUUGUUUCGGGCAGUAUUUCGGUUAAUGGGCAUAAGACUAAGUUGUCUUUUGGCACUGCUGCCUAUGUGACUCAAGAUGACAACCUACUCGGAACUCUAACAGUAAGAGAAACAAUCACUUACUCCGCUUACCUUCGCCUCCCCAAUAACAUGGAGAGGGAGAAAAAACAAGCAUUAGUCGAAAGCACAAUUACCGAAAUGGGUCUUCAAGACUGUGCAAACACUGUUAUUGGUAACUGGCAUUUGAGAGGAGUAAGCGGAGGAGAGAAGAGAAGGGUCAGCAUUGCUUUAGAAAUCCUCAUGAGGCCGAGAUUGCUCUUUUUAGAUGAACCCACUAGUGGCCUUGACAGUGCAUCGGCAUUCUUCGUGACGCAGACUCUAAGAGCUCUAUCAAGAGGAGGGAGGACAGUGAUAGCUUCAAUUCAUCAACCAAGUAGUGAGGUUUUCGAGUUGUUUGAUCGAUUGUAUUUGCUCUCAGGUGGUAAAACUGUCUAUUUUGGACAGGCGUCAGAAGCUUGCCAGUUCUUUGCACAAGCUGGGUUUCCUUGUCCAACCCUGAGAAACCCAUCUGAUCAUUUCUUAAGGUGCAUUAACUCUGAUUUCGACAAGGUGAAGGCUACUCUAAAGGGAUCAAGAAGAACGAGGAUUGACAGGAAUGAUGACCCUCUAGAGAGAAUGACUACAGCUGAAGCUAUACGAACUCUAACAGAAUUCUAUAAGCAAUCUCAGUACAGUUCAGCAGCCAGAAAGAAAGUAGAGGAGAUCUCGGGAGUUAAAGGAACGAUGUUACACUCACAAGGAAGCCAGGCCAGUUUCAUUCUACAGGCUUUUACCCUAACCAAACGCUCGUUUGUGAAUAUGUCAAGAGAUUUUGGGUACUAUUGGCUGAGACUAGUGAUAUAUCUACUUGUGACAAUUUGCAUAGGGACCAUCUAUUUCAACAUUGGAACCGGAUAUAACUCGAUCAUGGCAAGAGGAUCUUGUGCUUCAUUCAUAUUUGGUUUCGUAACUUUCAUGUCUAUCGGAGGUUUUCCUUCAUUUAUCGAAGAUAUGAAGGUUUUCCACAGAGAACGCCUUAAUGGGCAUUACGGUGUAUCAGCAUUCGUUAUAAGCAACACUCUCUCUGCCAUGCCAUUUUUAGUAUUGAUAACGUUUCUCUCUGGAACGAUAUGCUACUUCAUGGUACGGCUUCACCCGGGCUUUGUGCACUAUUUGUUCUUCGUGAUGUGCCUCUAUGCAAGCGUUACAGUGGUUGAGAGCUUGAUGAUGGUGAUAGCAAGCGUGGUGCCUAAUUUCCUCAUGGGAAUUAUAGUAGGAGCUGGGAUUCAGGGAAUCUACAUGUUGGUCUCUGGUUUCUUUAGGCUCCCAUAUGAUAUCCCUAAGCCUCUCUGGCGAUAUCCGAUGUCCUAUGUCAGCUUUCAUUUUUGGGCAAUUCAGGGGCAAUACCAAAAUGAUCUGAAGGGUCUCAUGUUCGAUAACCAAAUACCUACUCUACCGAAGAUCUCAGGAGAAUACAUACUAACAAAUGUGUUCCAGAUCAAUGUAAACCGAUCAAAAUGGUUGGACUUAUCAGUUUUGUUCUGUAUGAUCAUAAUCUAUCGCAUAUUGUUCUUCAUCAUGAUCAAGAUCAGUGAAGACAUAAGUCCAUGGAUUAGAGGGUAUAUUGCACGGAGAAAGCUACAGAAGAAGAGUGAGCAUGUAGUGAGCUCAUCAAACAAUCUUGCUAAAAGGACACCUUCCUUCAGCAACUAUGUCAUUAGCUUAGCCUCAAGCUCCACAAGCAGAUGAUUGAAGAUAUUAAGGGAGAUUCUUACACUUUAAUUGAGGAAAUGUUUGAUUAUUUAGGGAGUUAAUGGUUACAUUUCAACCAAUUGUAAUAUUAUUAAGUACAUUUGAUACUUUUUUCAUUCAAAGAAACAUUGUGUACA